UAAACUUAAUACUCCUGAGCAAAUGGUCUGUCCAUCAUGAAAAAUUACUUAAGAAGUUUAUAUUUCGUAAAAUCUUUAUUUUCUUUCUUGUCUACUCGUUCCUGAAUUUGUGAAGUGGGUUUGAUCUCCUUUCUAUUUAGCUACCUUAUUAUCAUUCUCAUCAAACAGUCGAAAUAUAUUUUGAUAUCCCAUUUAGGAGGUUUCAGCAAGGUUCAGGUAUUAUCACCUGACUAAUAACGGUAUACUUUUAUGGAUAUUCCUGUGUUUAACGAGAUUUCUAUUCUGAGCGAACCCGUGCCCACACUCUUCACAUUGGUAAGGCUUGAUACCGUAGUGGGAUCUUCAAUGUUCAAGGAAGCUUCAGCUCCGUCUGUACUUUAUGUUACAAGUUCCUUGAAAUUUACAAACAAACUUGAAGUAUUUUCUCCUAGCUAUCUUGGUGCUCCUUUCAACGAUUUUGAAAUCGAAAUUCAUAAGUUCCUUUGUAAACUCAAUGUUGUUUUCCUAAGUAGAGAGUUCGCAAGGAGGCUAUCAUCAUUAGAGAGCCCACAGAUGCAAUUCUCUAAAACCUCAUUGUUCAUUCAGAUGCUUUCUCCAUGAUGAGAAUUCUUUGCCAAAGAAGGGGCUCCCUUUAUUGACUUAAAAGCUUGAGAUUCCUUUGUCAUUUUUGGGGAAAUAAAGUUUGCUUCUGAACUCAAAAGAGAAGUUUCUUUAAGCCAUGAAUUUUUAUAUGUUUUGGCUGUAAGAUGUCCUUGAAUUUUAGGCUCAAACUGUGCUUUUGACAUAGCAUUCUCUUCAGAGAGGACUCUAUUUCUUAACCCAAAGUUGGUAUAAAAUCUAGCAUUGUCUUGGCGGGAAUAACCUGAGUUUUGACUCUUUUUAAAAAUUUUGGUGUACUUGGUAUACUUCCUGGGGCUAUCUUGGACGAUACCACGUCUGAAUGUCUCUGAAAGUAAGUUAAGGGUGUUUACAUCCUUGACAAGUUCUUUCUUGUUCUGAAUAGUUGCUUUAAUGUCUUCUUAUUUGAAAGACUUU